UUUCGCUGUCAUGUGUCAAAUCAGCCGGUUUGACAGUUCAGCAAGAAUACUCUAUCAAUUUCACAAUUUUAAGAAAAUUCUUUUAAUUUUAAUUGUAUCAAAAAUAGAAGGGUCGAUUGUGAUUUCUGCUUGAAAAAUGGAUCAAUGGUUGAAAAAGAGUUUGGAAGAGUGUCUAGGGUUCGAUGUGCCCGAUGACAUGGUGAAGUUUGUACUGACAUUAAAAGAUGAAAGAAGCAUUGAUGAAUAUUUUGAAACGCUGUUGGAUGUAUCGGUGCCGGAUCAUCGUAAAUUUUUGACUGAAUUCAAGAAGCGAGCACUGCCCAAAAAUCCUAAGAACAACAACAACAACAGCAAAAAUAAAGGCAGCCAAAACAAAGCGAAUGUGUUGAAGCCACAGAAUGCAAAAAAUAGCACACAAAACGAGAAGUCACUCUUAGCUGAAAAGGGAAAUGCGAAGUCAUCAAAUGUUCAAUCAAAACUGAACACAAAAAACACCAAUGAAAAUACAGCCGCAUCGACUGGCGCCAAGAAGAAAACAAAAUAUGUGAAUUUGUACGGUGAAGAUGGGAAAAUGAAUGAUGUGAUUAUGUUGAAAGGUCGUCAUUUGUGUAAUUGCGAGGCGUCAAAACACAAACUCAUCAAUAACUGCAUUCAAUGCGGCCGCAUUGUGUGUGAACAAGAAGGCAGCGGCCCAUGUUUAUUCUGUGGUAAUUUGGUGUGUACGGAAGAUGAGCAACGAAUCAUUGAGUCAUCAUCGCAAAACGGUGAAAAUCUGAAAAAGUCAUUGCUCAAACAAGGUCGACCAAAAGGAUGGGAAGAAGCAGUUGCAAUGCGAAAUCGUCUUUUGGACUACAAUCGCACGAGUGAGAAGCGAACCACUGUCAUUGACGAUGAAUCCGAUUACUUUCGCUCGAAUUCGGUUUGGUUAACAGACGAAGAACGAACCAAAUUGAAGAAAAUGGAGGAGAAAAUGAGAGAGAAGAAACACGCCAGCCGAAAAGAUCAAAAGAUUACAAUUGAUUUCACGGGUCGGCAGAUUAUUGAAGAGGAGUCGAUGAGCGCUGAAUUUGAAAGGGAAAUCUUAAAAGAAGUUGCUGACACUUUCGCACAUUCCAAUCAAGGACUUUAUUCAACUGAUCAACAUUUCGAUAAUUCGGAUGACUGUGACCCGAAGUUAUCUGUGCCGGCGCCAAUUUUCGAUGAAUCAGUAUUGAUCAAGGUAAAUUCAAAUAAACCGAAAUACGAUGGUGUUUACAAUCGCGUUCAAGACAAAGAACUGCUGGAGGUGUCCGAUAUGAAGAAAUGCAUGUCAAUGCAUCAGCCGUGGGCUUCGUUACUCAUCGCUGGAAUCAAGAAGCACGAGGGUCGAUCAUGGUACUCAUCUCAUCGAGGUCGACUUUGGAUCGCAUCAACCGCUAAACCAGUCGAUCCGGACGAAGUGAAAGUCAUGCAGAAUUUCUACAAGAAAUAUUAUGAUGAUGGUUCCAUCGAAUUCCCAACGCAAUAUCCAACUGCUUCUCUAUUGGGCUGUGUUUUAGUUCAGGAUUGCUUGCCGCAAGAAGAAUACCGUUCGACUCAUCCGAAUGGAGAAUCAGAAAGUCCUUAUGUCUUCAUUUGUUCCAAUCCACAAGAGCUGCCAGUUAAGUUUCCCAUCAGCGGUUCACAUAAAAUCUACAAAUUGGAUGAUGCGAUUCACAUUGCAGCAGUGAAGUCAUUACAACGCAUGGCGAAGAUGAAAGUGGAAGAAAAUAAACAAUAAGCAUUCGAUUUCGAAUUAAUAAAAACAAACGCGAGAAAUAAAUGAAUUUUUAAGAAAAUA